AUGUCUUCCCCAGAUAGUUAUACGCUGAAGAAUCUCUACGACCUCAAUGGCCUGAUUGCUCUAGUGACCGGUGGCGGCACAGGCAUCGGCCUUAACAUUGCACGUGGCCUCGCUGCUAAUGGGGCCAAGGUAUACAUCACCGGCCGAAGAAAGGAUGUCCUUGAUGGCGUAGUUGCGGAGUGGAAUGCAGCUAAGGGUGACGACAUGGGACUUAUGAUCGCGCAAGAGAUGGAUGUAACGAAAAAGGAGAGCAUCAAAGCUGGUGUGACAAGAAUAUCUCAAACAGAGGGAAAACUACACAUUCUCGUGAACAAUGCUGGCCAAUCUGGUCCUGUCUCUGAUGAAUUUAAUCAACCAUCGACUACUGCUCAAAAGGAGGCCGGACCAACCAGUGAAUACCUCUUCAACAAUGAAUCGUUUGAGGAAUGGGGUUCCCUUUUCGCAAUUAACACCUCUUCGAUCUACUUUGUGACUAUUGCCGUCAUCAAUAUCACAAGUAUCAGCGGGCUCAUAAAGGUCGCACAAAGACACUUCUGUUACAACAGCUCGAAAGCUGCUGGGUCUCACCUUACCAGGAUGCUUUCGACGGAAUUUGCUCUGAAAGGAAUCAAUGUUCGAGUGAACGCUAUCGCACCAGGCGUGUAUGAAAGCGAGAUGACACACGACACAAUUACAGGGCAAGAAGCAACUGAUUCGGUUGGUAUGCCAGUUGUGCCUGUACCAGCGAGAAGGGCGGGAACCGCUGCCGAGAUGGCAGGCACUGCCGUUUACCUUGCAUCGCCUGCUGCGGCAUAUAUGAAUGGGCAGGAAUUGGUUAUCGAUGGUGGGUACUUGGCUGUGAAUCCUUCCAGAGUGUAG